AAAUUUCACAAAAUGUAAUACUAACCAGCAUACUAAUUACCUUAACAAUAGUAUGUUAAUCCUGGAUAGAUUGAUGUAAUUAUAUCACAAAAAUAGACUUCAUUUAAUUCAGGAUUAGAGGCAUUAUCUAGAUUUUCCAGUGUUUAUAUCAAAUAACGUCCUGAUUAUUUAGAAGCUUUAGGAUUAUGUGAGAAAAAAAAUGUCUAUUAUGUUUAUUAAUCUGAUUCAAUGGGAAAUAAACCUGAUUUUAAGCAUCAAGCUCCUAUUUUUAAAUGUAAAGAGGAUAGUAGCUGUUGGUAAAGAAACUUUCUUCCAGGAGCUUGUCGUGCAUUUGAUUUGAAAGUCAAAUAAUAUGAUUAAAAAUAAGACACCAAUACAGUAUUUAGAUUGAGUAGAGAAUUCAAAUGUACAUUCCUUUGUUUAGCUCGGUAAGCAAAAAAUCAAAUUUAGGCCUAUGAUGGAAGUUUAAUUAUAAAAUGGAGGCAAAAUUGGAUUUAUAUGUUAUCCAUUUAUGUGUUUUGACAAGGGAGUUGAAAUAAGAGAUGAAAAUAAUUAAUUAGUAUACUCUGUAAAAGGAAGCUGCUGUUAAUGGCCAUUUUUAGUCUAAUUACCUUGUGAAACAUGCUAAAGAGCAAGAUUUGAUAUAACUGAUUCGUAAGGAUAGGUAUCUCUUAAUUUAUAUAUGUUAAGAAAGUUUCAGAGUUGUGGAAAGAAUCUGCAGGAUUUUGUAAUGCUUUAUGUGGUGUGGAUGCAACAAAUUUUAGAUUAUUAUUUCCUCCUUAAUCAACAAGUCAAUAAAAGGCACUUUUAUUGGCAGCUGCCUUAUUCAUUGACUUUAAUUAUUUCGAAGAAUCGCCACAAGAUUAGAACCAAAAUUCCAUGUGA